CUAACGGUAGAUCUAGCCGCAUAGCUUUGGCCCAGUCUAAAGACAUUUCUCCCACACAUAUACAGCCAUACAAAUAGCCAGCUCUCAUACAUAUGCACGUGCUGUGUGUGUGUGUGUGUGUGUGUGUGUGUGUGCGACAACGAGCUGAAAGUAAAAGUUAUUCAAUGUGCAAUGUGUGAUUUUAAAGCAUUUUGCAAGACUUCAGCAAAGCAUCCAACGAACUAACUUUAUGUCAAACAAUUGAAAAACAAAAUUCACUUAACCCGCGACAAUUACAACAACAUUAGACACGCUCAGGUGUAACAUUCGCAACUAUAAAAAAAAAGCUGCCGACGAUAUAGAAGGACGAGGCACGAAGGACAAUCGCAAUCAGAAUCCUGCGCCGGCCGCUAAUGAAGAUGAAGUGAUGCCCAGCGAUAUCGUGUUCAAGUAGAAUUAAAUAGAAUAUAAAUCGCUGGAAAAAUGACAGCGAUUUCUCAGCACCAGCCGAGCAGAACAAAUGCUAAGUAGUUUGCCAGCAGGCCAGCAGGACUAAGGACAACAACAACAAGAAGAAGCAGCCGCAGCUCGAGCUUGAACCGGAACAGGAACUGGAAUCGGGCCCCGAGCAAGCCGGGCAAUUUGUAAGCCGGCUCUCGGCAAUUUCACGCAUCGCGGCGGUAUGGCGGCAGGCGCUAAUAAGGCGACCAGCCACGCCCCCAACUUAUACAGUUGCCAAAAAGAAUCAAGUGCGCACAACAACAACUGAGCGAGAGUGCCAGCAGGACUUACCCAAAAGGACGAGUGAAAUAUUAUGGCAACUUUUCAAAUGGAAACGCGCCAACGGCAGCCGCAACAAACGAAUUUAAAACAACGACAAGGACAACGUUCGACAGGACAAGGGCAAGCACAAGGACAAGGGGAAGGGGAACAGGAGAUAUUCACAAAUUGCACACGUCUGUGGCCCACCUGCUCGACGGUAGCCAGCGUCGAGUGCAGCAGCAGGAGCAGCAGCCGGAGCAGCCGAAGGAGCAGCUGCCAGCGGGUCCUGAUAAUGCUCAGCCUGUUCGUGAUUGUCAUCGUUGUGAUAUCCGGCAAUGGCGUGCUCGCCGCGCAGCGUGACGCGUAUAAGUCAAAGGACAUGAGCAGCAGCAAUAAUGCCAUACCAAGUGAGGGGGACGCAGCUGCCGCUGCAGCUGCAGAUGGUGUUGCCGGAAGCGGAAGCAUGACCAGCACAACCAACAGCAACGGAAGCAACAGAAAUGGCCAUGCGACAGGCGCUGGCCAGGCCAUGACAACCGACAGCAGCUCCAGCUCCAGCUCCAGCUCCAGCUCCAGCUCCAGCUCCAGCUCGAAAUCCAACUCCAACUCCAGCUCCGGCUCCAGCAUAUCAACCACAACUGCAAGAAGCGGCAUAGCCAGCAGUAGUCUGCACAGAGGCAACUCGAUAGCAUCGCUGGCCGCCGCUGCCGGCAUCAAUCGGAACAGCAUCGAUCUGGGCGAGGACUCGCGCAGCAGUGGACCGUACUUCGACAGGAAUGCCUCGAAGAAUGUGACCGCGCUGCUGGGCAAGACGGCCUAUUUGAAUUGUCGCGUCAAGAAUCUGGGCAAUAAAACUAUGCUGCUGCAGGUCUCCUGGGUGCGACAUCGGGACAUACAUUUGCUAACAGUCGGCCGUUAUACGUACACAUCGGAUCAGCGCUUUCGGGCCAUACAUCAGCCCCAAACCGAGGACUGGAUGCUUCAAAUUAAAUAUCCCCAACAUCGAGACUCUGGCAUCUACGAGUGCCAAGUGUCAACCACGCCGCACAUGAGCCACUACAUCCACUUGACUGUUGUCGAGCCCUCAACGGAAAUAAUUGGCGCACCCGAUUUGUAUAUAGAAAGCGGCUCGACCAUAAAUCUCACCUGUGUCAUACUCAACUCACCUGAGCCGCCGGCCUAUAUCUUCUGGAAUCACAACAACGCUAUAAUCAACUAUGAUUCGCCUCGGGGCGGCGUUUCGGUGGUCACCAACAAAGGUGAGACGACGACAUCGUUCCUUCUGAUUAAAUCGGCGCGUCCAUCCGACUCCGGGCAUUAUCAGUGUAAUCCAUCAAAUGCAAAGCCCAAAAGCGUAACGGUACACGUGCUGAAUGGUGUUUCUCAUUCCGUUUCCAGGGGAGUUCCCAGCAGCAAUGCAGCACGCGGCACCAGCACAUCCUCCCAUGUCUCCAAGUCGCUAUCUCUUAGUGUACCUGUUUGUGUGCUGCUGCAGUUUGGCAUUUGCCAGGCACUCCAUGCGGCCCUCCGUGCUGCAGCCGCGGCGGCGAAGUCGACCCUGCGGUUUCGACGAAUCCCCACCAGCCGCAGCAGAUGUCCCGGACGAGGACGAGGCGGACGAGGACAUGCCGGCGUCAAAGCGUCUGUGUCAGUAUCUGGACUGGGACACAUCCUCCAAGGUAUUUUAAGCCUGCUCUACUCUACGCUGCUGAGCGUCACAUGGCGAGGGCGUGGCCCACCGCAACAGCAACAACUUCAACAAUCAUCAACAUCAACAGCAGGUGCAACUGCAACAACAACGGCAACGUUUAGGCAAGUAUAUGAGGCAGACAUAAGCACAGUGAAAACAACAACAACAAUUGAAUUCCAGCCCACAGCAUAUCCAGCUGAAUGCCAAGAGAAUGAGUUGUCUAGAGAGCUCUAGAAACACAAAAGCCACCAAUUGCACUACAGGGCGAAUACUUGAUGCGAUAAACUGUUUGAGAUUAGGCGUACUAUGGCUUAUGUGGGUGGCCAGCUUGCUAGCGAAUGUUAGCAGGAAUCAAAGAAUGAAAUAACGUUAGAGUCAAUGUAAGCGCACAGGAGCAUGGGCUAGGCAGACCUA